AUGCGGGCCUCCGGGCCUGCUGCGGCGGCGUGGCUGGUUGAGGCCGGGCUCGGCCCGGCCCGCGACGGCUGGCCGCCGACGAGCGCGCUCGCGCUGCUCGUCAAAAUGGCAGCGGUGGCGAUUGCGGCGACGGUCGUUCAGCCGUUCAGCGCUCAGGCGUCUGUCGUCUGUCGUCUGUUGACUUGCGAGGGCUCAGCGCGCGCCGCGCGACCCGCGUCGCUCCGCGAGGGCAUGAGCCUUCCGCGAUUCGAUCCCGCAGCCAAAAGCUGCUCGCUCGAACCGCGGCCGACUCUGCCAUCGCGGCUGCAGCUGUUGAGCUCUCCAGAAGACCGGUGCCUCAUAUGCUGCCUCCCUGCGGAAGUGUUGACUCGAUGCCCCCCCGCAAUCUUCUACCCCCACGACUCGGAACGCGAAUCGAGAUCACCCGAGAGCACUGAGUCUGCCUCUGGCCUCGCCUCCCUCUCCUUCAGGCAUUCGUGCCAUCCUAUGGGUCGUCCAGAGUAUCGCGACCUCUGGCUUGUCAGCCCGUCACUUGAUGACACCAUGAAGUACAGCGAUCGCCACCUCGCUGGCCUCUCCGCAAGGCCUCCCGACCGCGUCGAACUCAACGGCGCGGGCUCUCUCGGCUACGGGACCGGCCCCAGCUUCGGCUGA